GUCAAUAUUCUAUUCCUAGCAAUCCUUCUUGGUCGCCUGAUUAGCUGCCCCCAACCAUCACCAUGGCUCAAAGCUUUGUACCCAAACAAAUUUCCACUUCAUUCUUAGUAUUGGUUCUAGCCGCGACCAUAUAUUUAGCCAAAGCCAACGACCACCAGCUUAGAGAAACCAAGCUAUCCUUGUAUGCACAAGACUUCUCAGCCUUCGGCUCUCCCAACGCGACGGUCAUCCCGGUGGCAGGGAUCGCCGGCAAGGCAUGGACAUUCACCCAAUUCGGGACCCUCUAUGUUACCGACGACACCCUCACCGAAACCGCUGAUCCAAAGUCACCCAAAGUUGGGCAACUCCAAGGCAUGUACAUAACAUCGGGUUUGGACGGUUUGAAUUCACAUGUUUCGGUGUCGGUAGUGUUCACAAGUAAGGCGUACAAUGGAAGCACCUUGCAAUUACAAGGCAUUAGCAAGCAGUUUGAGGCCGUUAGAGAGGUGUCGGUGGUGGGUGGAACUGGGAGAUUCCGGCUAGCUAGAGGCUAUGCUACCUUUGAGACCUACUUCUUAGACAUUCCUACCCGAUACUCCGUUGUCCGCUGCAAUGUUACAGUGCUACAUAACUAGUUGCGCGCAUGGAAAUAUUGUUGAUGAUUGGGUUCAGAAAAACCCAAAAUAAAGAUAUGAACCAGAUCGGUUCUUCGUCCUCCAGCCAUCACUUCUAUAAUAUUAAUGUGUUGACGUAAUUGAUUGAG